GAAUCUUCAAGUACCUCAAGAGGCUAGGGCCUUGAGGUGUAGGUCAUUUGACGACACCAGCGACAUUACCGUUUGCUGCCGAUUCGAUCAAGAAAGUGAAGGAUGCAUCGAGAGACAUGCAGAUUACACCGGACGUGAAGUUGACUAUCGCUUCAUGGUUACUUGAGGGAAUAGCUUCUACGUGGUGGGAAAGCGUAGAAGGAAAAUACCGUGAGAAUAUCUCAUGGACAAACUUUGAGCUAGAAUUAUAUGCUCAAUAUUACUCCGACUAUGAAAUGAAUGCGAAGCAGAGGGAGUACACUACCCUCAAGCAGGACGGUGGUACGAUAAAAAAAUUGGAGCAGGACUUUAGAACCUUGGCUAGGUUCUUACCGGGGUACGCGGUUAAUGAGGAUUGCAUGACGGGCACUUUUGGGAUGCCCAACUCUUAGACAUCCAUGAUUGGGCUACUUACUCUCGUCAUAUGACUUUCAGUGAGUUGGUGGAGUAAGGCCUUCUUGGGGAAAUCUAAUGGAAUGAGAGGAAAGCAUGGGACGCCGAAGAGGCGAAGAGAGGAAAUGAAAUGGUUCGGGACCGGCCCACCACACCCGGAGGAACAACCAUGGUGGUGGUGGUGGUUCUUUCAAAGCGCCGUACCCCCACCAAAGAAGAACAGGGACUCUAGAUGGCACUCGUCUUCUUCUCACAAGUCGGGACCGCCUAAGUGUGCCAACUAUUCGAAAAACCGCUUUGGGAAAUGUAAUGCACCCCCGAGGUGCUACCAAUGUGGGAACACGGGUCACAUGAAGGCCAAUGGCCUACAAUUAGGGAGAGAAGGAGCUACGGGGGCAGGAGGAGGAACCAUCACGGAAAGAAACCGCGCAGGACCGUCAAACAGCGGCACGGGAAGAGGCGGCGCGUCAACAAGCCAUGCCGCGCCCGUCAAUCAAGGCGGGGCCGACGCCGAUGCUGGAGCUAACCAGGACUUCGUUGUGGUGGCCGAACCAACCUGAGUUCCUUGGAAGGGCACAAAUUGGGAAAAGGGAUUUUUUUAACAACGCGGGGCGGCUUGCUGCGACUCUCGAAUUCCGGUCUCCGUCAAGUAAGUGGCAAUGAGAGGAAGUAUCGAAGAGGCUACGAUGUUGCGUACUAUGAGUCGAUUGGAAGAGGAUGCGUCCACCGUCUAGAUCGUUGUGGCUUGAUGCGCAAGAAAGGUCUCAGACAGGCGACAAG